UUUGCACCUUUUAGGAAAACCAGUGAAUUUGGAGAGCUCCACGGGCUCACAACUACUGAUAAAUUUGUAGAAGGAAUAUACAAAGUGGUGCUAGACACCAAAUCCUACUGGAAGGCGCUUGGCAUUUCCCCCUUCCAUGAAUAUGCAGAGGUGGUGUUCACAGCGAAUGACUCUGGCCAACGCAAGUACACCAUCGCAGCUCUGCUCAGUCCCUUCUCUUACUCCACCACAGCCCUUGUUAGCACCCCCAAAGAAUAAGCGACCCCACCUUCGGUCAGUUUGAAGGAGGAGAAACAGGAUUUCAUGUAACCAACAGUAUUCCAUUUGUAUUAAAGCAGUGUUUUCACUUUAUACGCUUUGUUAGAAACUCAGGCAGAGACAAUAAAAUAUUCUUAUUAAAAGCACUUUCCAUUUCA